UGGGGCGGGGGCAAGUGUCAGUCAGGUCGGGAGCGCGACGGGGGACAGCGGGGACCCGGGCGGCUGACAGGGGGCCCGGGCCGCUGCCGUGUUGUCCGCUCAAGAUGGAGUUCCUCCUGGGGAACCCGUUCAGCACCCCUGUGGGGCAGUGCCUCGAAAAGGCAACAGAUGGCUCCCUGCAGAGCGAGGACUGGACGUUGAACAUGGAGAUCUGCGACAUUAUCAAUGAGACAGAGGAAGGGCCCAAGGACGCCAUUCGAGCCUUGAAGAAGCGGCUCAACGGAAACCGGAACUACAGAGAGGUCAUGCUGGCAUUGACAGUGCUAGAGACGUGUGUGAAGAACUGUGGCCACCGCUUCCACAUUCUCGUGGCCAACCGGGAUUUCAUCGACAGUGUCCUGGUCAAAAUCAUCUCUCCUAAGAACAACCCUCCCACCAUUGUGCAGGACAAGGUGCUCGCUCUGAUCCAGGCGUGGGCUGAUGCCUUCCGAAGCAGCCCUGACCUCACCGGCGUGGUGCAUAUAUAUGAGGAACUGAAAAGGAAAGGGGUCGAGUUUCCCAUGGCAGACUUGGACGCUCUGUCUCCCAUCCACACACCACAGCGGAGCGUCCCCGAAGUGGAUCCAGCCGCAACCAUGCCCAGGUCCCAGUCGCAGCAGAGGAUGAGUGGCAGCUCCUAUUCCUCGUCUCCUGCUCCCUACUCCGCUCCGCAGGCCCCGGCUCUGAGUGUGACUGGCCCCAUCACGGCCAAUUCAGAACAGAUUGCCAGGCUUCGGAGUGAACUGGACGUCGUUCGAGGCAACACAAAAGUCAUGUCGGAGAUGCUAACAGAAAUGGUCCCCGGGCAGGAGGACUCAUCCGAUCUGGAAUUGCUACAGGAGCUGAACAGGACCUGCCGGGCCAUGCAGCAGCGCAUCGUGGAGCUCAUCUCCCGCGUGUCCAACGAGGAGGUCACUGAGGAACUGCUUCACGUCAAUGAUGACCUCAACAACGUCUUCCUCCGCUACGAGAGGUUCGAGCGAUACAGGUCAGGCCGAUCGGUGCAAAAUCCCAGUAAUGGAGUACUGAACGAGGUGACAGAAGACAACUUAAUAGACCUGGGCCCGGGGUCUCCAGCCGUGGUGAGCCCAAUGGUGGGGAACACGGCACCCCCGUCUUCUCUCUCCUCUCAGCUUGCAGGCUUAGACUUGGGGACGGAGAGCGUCAGCGGCACCCUCAGUUCACUCCAGCAGUGUAAUCCCCAUGACGGCUUUGACAUGUUUGCCCAGACGAGAGGGAACUCCUUGGCUGAACAACGCAAGACGGUGACCUACGAGGAUCCCCAGGCUGUCGGAGGACUGGCUUCUGCACUGGACAGUCGGAAACAGAGCUCUGAAGGGACUUUUCUGUCCUCGGCCCAGAAGAGGGGUAAAGGUGGGCACUCUGACCUGGAGCCCAUAGACAGCUGGCUCAUAACCCAAGGAAUGAUCCCCGUUGCGCAGCCGUCUGUCAUGGACGACAUUGAAGUGUGGCUCAGGACGGACCUGAAGGGCGAUGACCUGGAGGAGGGCGUCACGAGUGAAGAAUUCGACAAGUUCUUGGAAGAAAGAGCCAAAGCUGCUGAAAUGGUCCCCAGCCUCCCCUCGCCCCCAGGGGAGGCCCCAGCCCCAGCCUCAAACCCCUCUGGCCGGAAGAAGCCAGAACGGUCAGAGGACGCCCUCUUCGCCCUGUGAGCUGGUCUGUGGUUCGGCUCCCUAAACGGCAGGUCAUCUCCUAUCUCCCCGGUCCACAAGAGGCACUGGCCGCCCCUCCCAUCUCCAGUCCCCACUUGGUCCUGUGCUGCUGUGUCUCCAUGGAAAUGCCCCGUGUUUGCUCCCAGGCCUCCCACCAGUCGGGACCAGCUUUAGCCACCUUCUUCUCUCUGGGGGGUGGGACAGUGCCACGGCUGCCAGAGGCUCUCACCCCUGCCCCCGCCCCUCCUGCCCACAGGCUCCCUCUGCCCGUAUGUCCUCCCUGGAAAAGCAGGCUGUGGGACCAUUUGCCGAGGAGACACCUGGACUGUCUUUUCUCCAGUCCCCUUCCCACAGAGAAGGGGGUCAGACCCCAGGCCCUUCCCCCACAUAGCCCACCCCUGCCUGCCUCAGCAGGUCUCCUUGGACUGGCCUACCCUCCCAUGCCCCUGUUCCAGAAAGGGCUUGUCUGCACCUGUGGGCUUAGUCUCCCUCCUUGGAAUGCUGCUCCCUGACGCGUGUCACGCUGUGGCACUUGGCGUGCUUGGCACUUUAGAAAGCUGUGUGGGUGCCCGUGUGUGAGGCCUCUCAUCCUCUUCACCCUCUCUCCAUCACUAAGCUGCUAGCCCAGGCCCCCCAGCCACGCCGGCUCAGCGGCUGAGCCCGGGACCAAGGGGGCCCCAUAGGCUCCUGGGGUGCAGAGGGAGAGCCAGGGGCAGUUGCGAGGACGGCAUGCAACCUGCGGAUGGUGGUCAUGAGGCACGUGGGUUAGCCCCGCAGAGGUACACUACCAGAAGCCAAACCACCCAUGCCCACCACGUGCUGCCUUCGCGCAGUUGUCCCCGUGUCCCGACAGCCUGCCCUCCUCCCCCUGCCCCUACCCCAGACCCCCCUGGCCACCGACUUGUAUCCUCUCUCCAAGCCAACCCGGAAGGCUAACACGAGCCUGAGGCUGACUAUACUUUCUUCCGUUACUGGUGUGGCUCCUGGCCGUGGGCAAGGUGUCCGAGCCAGCCUGACCCACCCCUGUUCUGUGGUUGCCCGGAAGAAGGAAAGCACUGUGGCAGCUGCUUCCAGCCAGCCCGUGAGUCUCUGGGGCCCGGGUCAGUGUCCCAGUAUGCGCUGCCCAGGUUUCCGGGCCAGACAUGUUCGCAAGCCGUGGUGCCGUCAGCCCUUCCCACCUGGCAGCCGGAGCAGCGAGCUUGUUGACACAGGCUGCCUUGACGCAGGCUGACACCAGUGCCUUGGGCUCUGGGAGAUGCAUCUGGGGCUGGGCCUGGACACCUCCGUGCACAGCAAGGCGCCACCCGGCCCAGAACCCCUUGCCCAGGCGCGCGCCGCAGCUUCCCCAUAAGAGGAUGCUUGGGGUCUGGCCGGGGGCUCGUCUGGCAGGACCAGCUGGGGAGGUCACACUCCAGUUCCUCAGGGGACAUGCAGAAGCUCCUCCUCAGAGAUCAGAGCUCAGCCAGCCUAACUCCAGCCCUGCCCUUCCGGGCAGCCAGGGCCAUGAACCUCCCUCUUCCCCCCGCCCCUGCGCCUCGGGCCACUGUCCCUCUCUCCGCAACAUGGCUCACGCAGAGCCCCCCCGAGGCCUGCUUGCAUGUUCACACGUCUGAAGUCAGCUGGCUUGACAGGAGCUGCAGAGAAGGUGGCCGGGAUGGUUCGGCUGGACCCAGCGACCCAGGUGCCCGCCGUGUGGCACAGUCUAGAGCACUUGUCUCUGUGAGAGCCGGGGGCCCACCUUCGUAGCUGGGCCUUGGGGGGUCAGUCCUUUGACAGCCGCCGAGCCUGGCAUCCUCUGAGGGAAGAACCGGCCUCCCUGCCUUAUAGGAAGGGAGAUCCCCAACAAGAACGGGGUCAUGAGGGGAGAGGGGGCUCCUGGCAAUGAAUGAAGCCGAGGCCAGCGUCUGUCUGGGGAGACCACAGCACAGCUGCUCUGUACCCGUGGUCCAGAGCUGUCCCCCAACUCCAGGCCGGGCUUGGAGAGACCAGGCCAGCCCGGCGGUGGUGGUGGGUCCUGUAAGCUGACAGGAAGGUGCCGGCCCACGCAGGGAAGUGUCAUCUGCCUUCCCGGCCUGGAGCUGCCCCUCCUGCUCCCACACGCAUCAAGUCCAGAGGCAGCCUGCCUCUACCUGGAGGCCAAGGUGGCGCUUGAGGCCUGCCCAGAAAGCCAAGUCAGGGCCCAGUGGCCUUAAAGGGGUGCUGCCCAGCCCUUCCUGUCCCCAAGGCCAUCGGCCCCCUCAGCCACAGACUGCUGGCUGCCUUCCACCUGGGGAGCGCAGGCUACCUGCUUAGGGAGGGGAGCAGAGUUCUGGCGGGUGAGCUGGCCAGUGCCUGUGCCCCAGGAGAGGGAGACCCCUCAUGAGCCACCAGCCUUUCCACAAGUGUUAGAAAUCACAGAUACAGUAUGUACUUAAUUACACUAAAUUAUUGCUGGGAUUCCUUAUAAGCACUAAUUAUACCUGAUUAUAGGUUAAAAUAUUUAUUUUGUCAAAAUAUUUUCUUGGGGAUGUGUUGAACCUUUUCUGUGUUCUUUGUGUGCUAAGACGAGAAAACUAGCCAUGGCUUCCCGCCUGCCUUCGGGGCCAGUGGGCAGCAGUGACCCAGGGCCAUGGUGGGCUUCUGGCUGGCCUGCCGCAGAGGGGUCCCUGUCCGGGAGCCCCAGGCACCGAGCCGGCCGCCUGGGGCCAGGCCGAGAGGUGACCUGCCUGCUUGUCUGUGCAGGGGACAAGGGCUUUCUCAGCUGACAGGGCUUGUCGCCAGUGUGGGCCAGAGGAAAGGGUGACUAUUCGUCUGUUGUCUGUCCUCCUGUCUUUCACUGUCAGCCCCAUCCGUGUGAGCAACCAUGCUGUCUGCCGGGGCUUGCUGCCCUUCCCCUGCUCACCCAGGGGUCCAGAGCAAGGGGGCCUGCCCUGCCACGCAAGGCCCCCAACUGGGAGAGUGGUGGCAGGGACGCUGGAUGGCUCCGGGGGGCAGCAGGCACCCGGACUCCUCCAGCAGCGUGUGGCAGACGGCUGCUCGGCCUCCCACACACCCUCCCCUCCUCUUCCUGCCGCCCACCCCCACUUUGCCUCCACAUACACCCGUUUCCGACUCCGUGCACCCAGCCUUCUGGAUGGUUUGAGGGGGACUGUGGGCUCACUGGGGAAAAGCUGCCGCCAAGAGUCCUGUGUUCUCAGCCCGGCCACCGUGAGCCUCUUCUCCCUGUGCUGGCAGAACGCUGUCCGCCCCUGUGGGGAGUAGCCAGCUUCAGCGCCUUGGCUCGGGGCGUGUGCACCUCCAGAAGACGCCCCUUGAGGUACCCGCCUGUCCGAGUGCCCACCCCCUGCCCUCCCGGUCCGUGGGGGUCCGCGCCGGGCUUCCCCUGCAGCCAGCAGCCCCUGGGGACAGCUGCCAACCCCAGAGUUCCACUCCUUCCGUGUAUAAGAUCUUCAGGCUCUUCUGGAGGACAGGGGAUGGAUAUUUAUUUCCUAAAGUUUGCACUUAAUUUGUGAGGGUCUCAGGAUCGUCGGGGGCUACCGUGAAGAGAACUGUGUUGUGUCUGUUGUCCAGCUGUCCCCAGAGUCUGGUGUUAUGUCACUGUUGUGCGUUUCUGCGGGCAGAGCCGGGUCUGGAGGGCGGGUCCGUGCACUUGAGCCUGAGCGCAUCUACCCACCCACUGGCUCUCCUUCCAGAUGUUGUCUCUCUAGUUUGGGUUCUUGCAUGUAAAAUACUCCACAAUAAACAAACAGACAAACUGUU